AUGAGCAGCAGAACAAAAAUAUGUAGAAAACCUUUCGUCUCGCAUCAAAUAUUCAGACUCGGAUCGGAUGCCUUAAUUCUCACCAGAUAUCAAUUCUCUGUGCCGCUAACAAGAGGAAGCGAUUUGGCAUUAGGAAAAUCCUGCAAAUUGCUGCUCGAAUCAGCCCGCAUCAUCGCAUCAAAGCUAGGAUUUUUACUUGAGUCAUUAGGAUUGUUGCUGAGGCAAUGCGUCGGCGGCGGCGGCGGCCAUGGAGGUGGGAAUGGGUUCUGGAACGGGUUCGGGUGGGGCUGGUCCGAUGGACAUUUUCUCUUUAGCUGA